CAAGAGACCCAUAACAGAAUUCCCAAAAACUAGUUAGAUAUUGAAAUCUUCAAAUAUUCAUUUUGAGCCAAACAAAUUAUUUAAUUAAAAGAAACCAAAGAAAGCUCUUGUUUCACUUGUAAUCAGCCCCUUUUUUUUCUGCCACUUCCUUGCUUUACCUGCAUUGACUACUGUCUGCCAUAGAAGGAAUUUGACAAGUUCAACAAAGUCCUCAAUAUUUUGCACAAUCCUCAACUCAGCAUAUAAUUGAUGAUUGUAUUCAACUACCCAAAAAAAUCAUAAACAAUUUCCAACUGUUUUUGAAAUGGAGGGAAACAAGACAAAGAAAGAACUCACCAAAUCUAAAAGGAAAGAGCUUGCCCUCUCCUGCAUGUUAAACACAGAAGUUGGUGCUGUCCUUGCAGUGAUCCGGCGACCACUGGAUCAUACCAGUCAAUACUUCUCCCCUCAAGAAGACAAUUUUGACGCCAACAUUCUCCAAUCCUUGAAAUCUCUACGUUCCAUUCUAUUUAAUCCUCAACAAGAAUGGCGAGCCAUUGAUCCCUCCAUCUACCUAUCUCCAUUUCUUGAUGUCAUACAGAGCGAUGACAUCCCCGCUGCGGCCACAGGUGUUGCUCUAUCUGCAGUUUUGAAGAUACUCAAACUUGAAAUCUUUGAUGAGAAGACCCCGGGAGCUAGAGAUGCUAUAAAUGCUGUUGUUACGGGGAUCACAAGCUGUCGCCUUGAAAGAACUGACCAUGCAUCUGAAGAUGCUGUGAUGAUUAGAAUUUUACAGGUUUUGACCGCAAUCAUGAAGCACAAUGCCUCGGUUCUGCUCACAGAUCACGCUGUCUGUACUAUUGUCAAUACCUGUUUUCAGGUUGUUCAACAGUCUGCAAGAAGAGGGGAUUUGCUUCAACGAAGCGCAAGGUACACAAUGCAUGAGUUGAUACAAGUUAUAUUUUCAAGGUUACCUGAUAUUGAGGUCAAAGAUGGAGAGGAAUCAGAGUCUGACACUGAGGACGUUGAUAUAGGCAGCACUUUAGAUUCGGGUUAUGGGGUUCGUUGCGCUGUUGAUAUCUUUCAUUUCUUGUGCUCCUUGCUAAAUGUUGUAGAAGUUGUGGGAACAGAAGGGCAUUCUGCUCAGACUUCUGAUGAGGAUGUUCAGCUUUUCGCAUUGAAUUUGAUAAAUUCUGCCAUAGAGUUGAGUGGAGAUGCAAUUGGGAAGCACCCAAAGCUGUUAAGGAUGAUCCAAGAUGACCUUUUUCACCAUUUGAUUCAUUACGGGACAUGUUCGAGCCCAUUCGUGCUGUCCAUGAUCUGCAGUUCUGUUUUGAACAUUUACCACUUUCUUCGCAGGUUUAUUCGUCUCCAACUGGAAGCCUUCUUUGCCUUUGUGUUGCUGAAAAAUGCAGCGACGGGAAGUCCAUAUCGGCUGCAAGAAGUUGCACUUGAAGGAAUUAUAAAUUUCUGCAGACAACCUGAAUUCAUCAUUGAAAUCUUUGUGAAUUAUGAUUGUGAUCCCACUUGUCGAAACUUGUUUGAGGAAAUUGGGAAGUUGCUUUGCAGAAACUCAUUUCCAGCAGGUGGUCCUUUAACCACUUUACAGAUGCAAGCCUUUGAAGGACUACUUAUCAUGAUUCACAACAUUGCUGACAGCGUUGACAAAGAAGAUGAUUCAAGUGUUGCUGGAACAUAUCCAAUUGAUAUUCAUGAGUAUAGACCCUUUUGGGAAGAAAAAUCUGGAGAUUCAGAGAAUUUGGUGGAGCACUCGAGGAUAAGAAAAGCACAGAAAAGGAAAAUAUUGAUCGCUGGACACCAUUUCAAUCGGGAUGAAAAGAAGGGUUUGGCCUACCUGACACACUGUCAUUUGGUGUCCGAUCCACCAGAUCCAAAAGCCUUUGCGCUGUUCUUCCGCUUUACUCCUGGACUAGACAAGAACCUGAUAGGGGAUUAUCUUGGCGAUCCUGAUGAAUUCCAUAUACAAGUUCUCAAACAAUUCACAGAAACUUUCCAAUUCGCAGGCAUGAUUCUGGACCCUGCUCUACGUACAUAUCUUGAGACUUUCCGGUUGCCUGGUGAGGCACAAAAGAUUCAGAGGAUCCUUGAAGCAUUUUCUGAGAGGUUCUAUGAUCAACAAUCCUCAGAAAUUUUUGUCAGCAAGGAUUGUGUAUACAUUCUAUGUUAUUCCCUCAUUAUGCUCAACACUGAUCAACACAACCCGCAAGUUAAGAAGAAGAUGACAGAAGAAGAAUUCAUCAGGAACAAUAGGCAAAUUAAUGGAGGGAAUGAUCUUCCAAGAGAGUACCUCUCUGAACUUUUCCACUCCAUAUCAACCAAUGCAAUCACUCUUUUUGUUCAAUCUGGUGUACCAAUAGAAAUGAACCCAAGCAGAUGGAUAGAGCUGAUGAACCGAUCCAAAAUUAUGCAGCCCUUCAUCUUAUGUGAUUUUGAUCCUCGUCUGGGAAGAGAUAUGUUUGCCUGCAUUGCCGGUCCAUCAAUUGCUGCUCUUUCUGCAUUUUUCGAGCAUGCUGAUGAGGAUGAAAUGCUUCAUGAAUGCAUUGAAGGACUGAUCUCAGUAGCCAGAAUAGCUCAAUAUGGACUAGAAGACACUCUUGAUGAGCUUCUUGCUUCAUUCAGCAAAUUCACUACCCUGUUAAAUCCUUAUGCCUCUGCAGAAGAAACACUGUUCGCAUUUAGCCAUGAUAUGAAACCGAGAAUGGCUACUCUUGCUGUUUUCACCAUUGCGAACAACUUUGCAGAUUCAAUUCGUGGGGGUUGGAGGAACAUUGUGGACUGUUUGUUAAAACUCAAACGGCUUAAGCUUCUUCCCCAGUCGGUCAUUGAAUUUGACGCCUCUUCGUCCCCACCGUCUGAUAAUAUUCCGCCUGACAUGAGAUCUGAAUCAGGUGUAAUUUUCCCUUCUCAAGAUCACAAAUUUGGCAAUCCCAAGAGUUCAAUGAGUCGUUUCUCACAUUUUCUAUCUCUAGAGUGUAUGGAAGACUCACUAUCUCUCGGCAUGAAUGAAUUUGAACAGAACCUCAAGAUUAUCAAACAAUGCCAAAUUGGAAGCAUCUUCAGCAAUAGUUCAAACUUACCUGAUGAUGCGUUGUUGAAUCUUGGGCGUUCUCUGAUAUAUUCAGCUGCAGGAAAAGGCCAAAAGUUUAGCACUCCAAUCGAAGAAGAAGAAACUGUUGGGUUCUGUUGGGAUUUGAUAAUUGCCAUUGUUUUGGCUAACAUCCAGAGGUUCCAGACAUUUUGGCCUUAUUUUCAUGAUUAUCUGCUAGGAGUUGCUCAGUUUCCUUUAUUCUCACCAGUCCCCUUUGCAGAAAAGGCCAUUAUAGGCCUAUUCAAGGUCUGUCUCAAGAUCCUGGCUUCAUGCAGAGUUGACAAACUACCAGAGGAGCUUAUUUUCAAAUCCAUUAAUUUGAUGUGGAAGCUUGAUAAAGAAAUCCUUGACACAUGUUGCGAAUCCAUAACACAGUCAGUCAGCAAGAUAAUCAUUGAAUACCCUGCAAAUUUGCAAACCUAUCUGGGGUGGAAAUCAGUCCUGCAUUUGUUAUCAGUUACUGGCCGGCACCCAGAAACCUAUGAUCAGGGAGUGGAAACUUUUAUCAUGUUGAUGUCUGAUUCAACGCAUGUUUCGCGGAUAAACUACGCUUACUGUAUUGACUGCGCAUUUGCCUUUGUUGCGCUCAGGAACAGUCCGUUGGAUAAGAACUUGAAGAUUCUGGACCUACUUGCAGACUCAGUGAACCUACUGAUCCAAUGGUAUAAAUCUGCAUGUUCAGAGUCGGGAAACAAUUUCAGCAUUGUAACCAACACCAGUAAUUCAUCAUUAGAGGAGAACUCAAAAGGUCUUGGUUCUAACUUUACAAUGAAUUUCUUUGUAAAAUUGGGAGAAGCAUUUAGAAAGACCAGUUUAGCGAGGAGAGAGGAGAUAAGAAACCAUGCGGUCUCGUCACUCCAAAAAAGUUUCAUAUUGGCCGAGGAAUUGGAUAUCUCAUCGAUGAACUGUAUCAACUGUUUCAACCUGGUGAUCUUUGCAAUGGUUGAUGAUUUACAUGAAAAGAUGGUCGAGUAUUCGAGGCGUGAGAAUGCAGAGAGGGAGAUGAGAAGUAUGGAGGGGACUCUAAAGAUUGCAAUAGAGAUGAUGACAGAUGUGUACUUACAGUUCCAAAAACAGAUUGCAAGUAAUCCUGGAUUUAGGACAUUCUGGUUAGGACUGUUGAGAAGAAUGGAUACAUGCAUGAAGGCUGAUUUGGGCGAAUAUGGCGAGACAAGAUUACAAGAGACAGUUCCGGACUUGUUAAGAAAGAUGAUCACAAAGAUGAAGGAAGAGGAGAUUUUAGUGCAGAAAGAAGAUGAUGAUGAUGAUCUAUGGGAUAUUACUUACAUUCAGAUACAGUGGAUUGUUCCUUCACUCAAAGAGGAGCUGUUUCCUGAACAAGAAAUUUAGAGAUAGGAGACAUGGACAGUAGUGGA